CCACUAAGAAUUACGUCAGCGAAAUGGAUUCCCCAAUGGUCCCCAAUAAUGGCGCGGCGGCGAGCCUCACCGGAGAGCACGUCGGCGCACUCCCCCGUCCCCCCGUUGCACCCACACCGAUAUGCUCCACCGAAGCAACCCUCGGCCGUCACCUCGCCCGCCGCCUCGUCCAGGUCGGCGUCUCCGACGUCUUCGCUGUCCCCGGUGACUUCAACCUCACCCUCCUCGACCAUCUCAUCGCCGAACCUGGCCUCCGCCUUGUCGGAUGCUGUAACGAGCUCAACGCCGGCUAUGCCGCGGACGGCUACGCCCGAUCGCGUGGCGUCGGCGCCUGCGCUGUCACCUUCACCGUCGGCGGGCUGAGCGUUCUCAACGCCAUUGCCGGCGCUUACUCCGAGAACCUCCCCGUCAUCUGCAUCGUUGGUGGUCCAAACUCCAACGACUACGGCACCAACCGGAUCCUCCACCACACCAUCGGCCUUCCCGAUUUCUCCCAGGAGCUCCGCUGCUUCCAGACCAUCACCUGCUUUCAGGCGGUGGUGAAUAACUUGGAUGAUGCUCACGAGCUGAUCGACACUGCGGUCUCAACUGCGCUGAAGGAGAGCAAGCCGGUGUACAUCAGCAUCGGUUGCAAUUUGCCGGCGAUUCCUCACCCUACCUUCAGCCGCGAGCCUGUGCCCUUCUUUCUCGCUCCCAGAGUGAGCAACCAGAUGGGAUUAGAGGCAGCAGUGGAGGCGACCGCUGAUUUCUUGAACAAAGCCGUGAAGCCAGUCAUGAUUGGUGGCCCCAAACUCCGAGUGGCCAAAGCCUGUGAUGCCUUUGUUGAGCUUGCCGAUGUCUGUGGCUAUGCAAUGGCCGUGAUGCCAUCGGCCAAAGGGCUUGUACCGGAGCAUCACCCAAGGUUCAUUGGCACUUACUGGGGUGCCAUCAGCACUGCCUUUUGUGCUGAGAUUGUUGAGUCAGCUGAUGCUUAUAUCUUUGCUGGUCCUAUCUUCAAUGACUAUAGCUCUGUUGGAUACUCUCUGCUUCUCAAGAAGGAGAAGGCUAUUAUUGUUCAGCCUGAACGUGUUGUUGUCGCUAAUGGCCCUGCAUUUGGAUGUGUUUUGAUGAAGGAUUUCCUCCGAGCUCUUGGCAAGAGAAUCAAGAGGAAUACCACUGCAUUUGAGAAUUACAAGAGAAUCUUUGUCCCUGAAGGUAUUCCUCUUGAAUGCAAACCCAAGGAGGCAUUGAGGGUCAAUGUUCUCUUCAAGCACAUUCAAAACAUGCUGUCUGGAGAUACCGCUGUCAUUGCCGAGACUGGUGAUUCUUGGUUCAAUUGCCAGAAGUUGAAGCUACCUGAGGGUUGUGGCUAUGAGUUCCAAAUGCAGUAUGGAUCCAUUGGAUGGUCUGUUGGAGCUACUCUUGGAUAUGCCCAAGCUGCAAAGAAUAAGCGUGUUAUUGCCUGCAUUGGUGAUGGAAGCUUUCAGGUAACAGCGCAGGAUGUGUCAACAAUGUUGAGGUGCGAACAGAACACAAUAAUCUUUCUCAUAAACAACGGUGGUUACACAAUUGAGGUGGAGAUCCAUGAUGGACCUUACAAUGUUAUCAAGAACUGGAAUUACACAGGUCUGAUGAAUGCCAUCCACAACGGAGAGGGCAAAUGCUGGACAGCCAAGGUCACAUGUGAGGAGGAGCUGAAGGAGGCAAUUGGGAUGGCAACUGGGGAAAAGAAAGAUUGUCUAUGUUUCAUUGAAGUUAUAGUGCACAAAGAUGAUACAAGCAAAGAGUUACUAGAAUGGGGCUCCAGGGUUUCUGCUGCUAAUAGCAGGCCACCUAAUCCUCAGUAAAAUGUUUUACUUGGAAGUCUUGUGUAUUGAUUUCAAAGCCUGGUUUAUAUGAGUUUGUUUUGGUAUUAUUAUCCCUUGUAAUCACCUUUAUGAUUUUCAUGUCUCUAAAACUAGUUAGAGAACUUCUUUAAGUAAAUGAACAUGUAGUUCAUACAUUGAAUAAAGACUAGUCAACUUUAUAUGUUAAACAUCAAAUUCAUGUGCAA